GUUGAUUUUCGUCGGUGCUUCUUUUGUUCAGAUAGUGUAUUUAAAAAGGCCUAAAACUGGGACAAAUAAAUGUUAGUAAUUAAACGGCAAAUAGCAGACGUUUACUUGCAUCUGCAGAGGUUGUUAUUUGCUAUUAAUCGUUUUUACCGGAAAUAGAAAGUUACUCCUUGCAAAAUUAUGCGGGUUUCUGCAGUAUGAUAACUUUUGUUUAUGAUUAGACAAAAAACAAAGGGAAGACGCCGAAGCUAAAGAGUCACUUAUUUAAGACCUAGUUUGUAGAAUCAUUCGAUUGCAAACAAGCAUUCAAGACAUGAGCUAAGCUGAGUGAAUCCUAUUUGCCAUGCCUCAAAUGGAUCCGAAUGAUGUCCGUAGUACCGCCCAGCUGAUUUUGUCGAAUGCUCGGCAAGGAAACAGCGCCUACAACAUGCAGUAUGAUAUGUCGCGAGCACAUUCCAUCAACCUGAUCACAGAGGACUUCCUAGCCGGAUACAUGCAAGAUGGAAGGAUGUCGGUGGUUCGCCGGUUUUUCUGCCUCUUUGUCACCUUCGACUUGGUUUUUGUUUCUUUACUCUGGCUCAUUUGCAUUGUGAUCAAUGGGGACAAUAUAUUCACUGCCUUCCACAAACAGAUCGUGGAGUACACCAUCUAUAAAUCGCUCUUCGAUGUUGUGGUCAUCGCCAUCUGCCGUUUCGUGGUGCUUAUCUUUUUCUACGCCAUAUUAUACAUCAAUCACUGGUCCAUCAUAGCGCUCUCUACAAGUGGGUCUUGCCUGUUCCUGAUAUCCAAGGUGUUUGUAUUCGAUUGGCUGGACUCUAAACAACAAGUAUUCGAAGUGAUCCUCAUAAUAACAUCCUUUAUUUUGGCUUGGGGAGAAGCCUGGUUCCUGGAUUGUAGAGUGAUUCCGCAGGAACGUCAUGCCCAACACUAUUUUCGAACAAUGACAUCAAACGAUCGCACCCCCAUGGAACAGCCUGCUAUAUUGAUUGAGCACGAACGACCGCCGCAAAGUGUUACCGAAUUUUAUUCACCCAUGGACACGGCUCGUCAUUCCGACGAAGAGGAAGAGGAGGAUGAGGAGUACAACCAAAUGGGCUUGGAUUGCCUGCGAAAGGCCUAUGAAAUCAUUGAGUCCAGUGACUGGAAGGUGGAGAAGGUGACACAAAAGGGCGACACCGUUCACAGCACUCAACGGGAGAAGGUUGGAAAGAUUUACAAAGUGACGGCCCGCAUCAAGUAUCCUGCUAAGGCGCUAAUGGAAGAUCUUUUCUACCGCAUUGAAGAAUGUCCCAAGUGGAAUCCUGCUCUGCUGGAAUCAAAAAUUGUGCGGAAAAUCAAUUCGUAUACCGAUAUAACCUACCAGGUGUCUGUCGGAGGCGGAGGUGGCAUGGUAAAAAGCCGAGACUUUGUAAACCUGCGUUCUUGUCGUCUAUUUUACAAUGGCAAAAUCUGCGACGACGAUGAGGCGGCUCAACUGAGCAGUGAUGACGAGGGCAACAGCAGUCUGAACCGUUCCUGCGAGGGAAGUGUUAGCACUAUUUCGGAUGGCGAGUCGACUCCUCUGCUGCCAAGCAGCGUGUCCAGUUGCAAGGCCACGUUCCCCAGCUCAUCGAAGGGGCCGGCGAUUCCCUUUGACACCUUGGGCAACAGUUUGGGCGCCAAAAGCCUGGGGCCCAUUGUAAACUUUGAGGAAGAGCCACCGCCGCUGGACCAAGAUGCGUUCGAGGACGCCAAGGACAAGGAAGAUGGUGAGGCUGAGAGCAUGACAAAACCAAAUCCACCCAGCGUGGGGAAAACUAAGGAUAAAGUUUGGGUUACCUCCGCGAUUAGUGUGCAAUAUGCGGGGGUUCCGCCCUCUUCCAAAUACACAAGAGGUCAGAACAUUGUCAGUGGGUUUGCCUUUCGUGAAAUAGUUGGCAAGUCGGAUAGCUGCAUUGUGGAAUGGGUGCUUUGCUUGGACCUUAAGGGAUAUAUUCCCCGCUAUGUCCUGGAUGCAGCUCUCACCUCCUCCAUGACCGAAUAUAUAACCAAUCUGCGCAAGCAUGUCAACGAACUGAGGCAAAGGGGGCGUGGCCGAGCUCCCAGGACCCACUAGGAGGUCCGCAAAACUGUAUUUUAAUUUUAAUCCCAUUGUAUCUCAAGCGAGUGCUGUCCGCAGCCAGGUAUCUAUUAGAAUAUUUCAGUAACUUUGCAGAGGGCGAGUUCAGUGCUGUAGGUUUAUUGAGUAUUGUACGUAUAUGUAUGGCAUAAGUUCUAUGUACCUAUAUGCACGGCUUACACUAUAAAUUUUAUACAUGACUUUUCUAA